CACGAGUGCACAAGGCCUGCCAGGAGGCGGCACAUCCUAGGGCCGCAAAUACGAGGACCGUGGCGAGCGAGAAAGACGCAGUUCAGUUCAACGGCGAAAGCGUAACUCAAAAACCUCCGCACGCUGCCAGACGACCGGCGUCGGUAGACUUGGCGUCUCCAUCGUAGCCGAGCGAGCGCCGGAAACGGAAACUGUUUCAAAUACAGAGACACAAGUGCAAAAGGACCGGAAGUGAAGCGCGUGCCUGUGAAAGUGCAUCGUGUUUUUGGUUUGCCCAUCUUCGCCACGGUUUGGCUUUUUUACGACUCAAUUUCCGUCGAGCGUGGGUUCAUCCCCGAGUUACGAGCUGUAAAGAAGUUCGCCAAAGUGUCGUUUGAAGGGGGCCAGAGUGAGACCGGCCGAAAACAAAAAACCGAGUAAACGAAACGGGCCAAACCGUCAUGUUUGGCUUAACAGUGAUCCCGUCGGGCUCGUGCGGAGCGCGUGAGGCAUGCCAGUGAGACACGCGAGUGACAAAUGCUCGUCCGUCGUCCACGUCCUGAACAACGGUCAAACGCCGUAGCCGCUGCUGUAAUCUGAGGAUCGUGCGAAAUGUUCCCACGUGCUGAAAUCAACACAAGCGCCACAAUGAAGCUGUACGUCGUGCUCGCCAUCGCCGUGUGCCAAUUGUGUCACCAUUUUGCCCGUGCCGAUCUCGACUCCCGACUGGCCGACCCCCAGCCGGGCCCAUUUGCCGCUGGCACUGAUCUAUGGCCAUCACUGGUAGCCCGUGGCCCGGCGAACGAUGGCGAACUGUCCUGGUCGGGCGGUUCAUCCGGAGAGUUGGUCGGCGACUGGCUGUGGCCGAUGGCCGUCAAGCGGAGCGCCAAGGCGGACAUCGGAGCGCCAAGGCGCCGUAGCGCACUGGACAAGAACUUUAUGCGCUUCGGACGAGCCGGAUCAAAUCUGAUGCGCUUUGGGCGUCCCGAUCGGAACUUUCUGCGCUUUGGCCGUAAGCCGGAACCGCGCGAUGAUGAGACCGAACUGAGCAAAGAGUACGCCACGUCGACGGAACAACUGGAGCAGCGAGAGAGCGACGAAGGGCAGCCGCAGCCAACGGUCAAACGCAACGCUGGCAACUCUGAGGAGCUGCUUGGAGGCGGUGUGACCGACUCCGGUGAACUUAAACCGAAGCAAGUGGUCUAUUAUCGGCGUGACUCACCGAAAAACCUGAUGCGUUUUGGGAAACGCCGCUCGGCGGCUUCCGGUUCCGGUUAUCUGCGCUUCGGCCGAGGGAACUUAAUGCGUUUCGGUCGCCGAAGCGACGAACCCGGCCCACGGACCGUCCGUGCUGGACCGAAUAUGAUGCGCUUCGGACGAUCCGAUCGGCCACCGAACGAAACUGCGGUCGAGGGAAGCAGUGGUGCCGUGAACCCUACCGUGGCACAGCACGACCCGUUACCAAUCAAUCUGCUAGAGCUACUCGACAAGCUGCAGCCACAGGACGCGCUGGUGGAGAGAGAAACCGAAUCGGCCCCUGACGAGCGGGUCCCGCUUUUCGUCGUCGAAAAGUAGUAAGCAACCCGACGGAAGGCACAACUCCGAACUCCGCGGGCAAAACAUGACAUAGAAUGCCGAACCGUGCUGUCGCGCUCGAAUCAAAACGUUUCACGGUGCAAAAUGGCGUAUUGUUGAUAGAAAAAAAACAUUAAGGAUAAUACAUAACCUAACGAAGGCAAUCCUUGGUGGCGGCCGUCCUCGAUGGGGAGGCCCCGAUGGUGCGCCUACCAACGACGAAACUAUCCUCAAAGGCUGGUAUCAACAAUAUGUUUUCAUUUUGCACUUUUAUUGCGAACGAAAAACAUAACUUCUUCCUAGCACGGUGCGAAUGGUGGAGGGGAAAAAGAUCAAAUCGAAGAGCUAACAAACCCACUGAUCGCAGUUUCAAUUAACUCUCUCCGUCUCGCCAUUUUUAAUGGGUAAAGUUUCAUAAUGUUCGUUGAAUGAAGCCAAAGCAAGCAAGAUGCCAAAACUCUUUACACAGCUUCUCUAGCACCCUGUGCGCGCAUAAAAUGCUCCCAGCAAGGAUGUCGGUGUGAAUGAGAGAAAACAGUAAAAAGAAAAAAAACUCAAAAUAUAUACAGAUAUACAUACAAAUAUAAAUUAUAAAUCAUUAAACAUCUAGGGGAGAAAACUAAAGACAAAACCGGCGGGAGCGUGAACUUUCUUCUGGAGCGGCGGAUCAGGCGGACCGAGCGAUCGCCCGCUGUGUACAUUAAAAAGGGUUGAUGAUCAUAGUCGUUGUAGUCCGAGCAACUGUGUGCGUGCGUGUUAAA